UUGAUGAAAACGAUUGGUGGAGGAUUCGAUUACUCACUCGCUUCAAGUCCUACACCCCGUUGUCAACGGCUUUUCUCGGGGGGAAACGAGGCUGAUCCCACCAUACGAGAGUGGACUGCAUCGGCCCCAUACUUCCACUUUCACGAGGUUGGUGAUCCCUGGAAGGGCCACUUCAAGAAUAUCCAUGCCAUUUCUCUGAACUCUAGUGGCACUCUCCUUGCCUCCGCAUCUGAUGACAAUUGUGUCCGCCUCUGGAGACUCUCGGAUCGACGAAACAUUGCCAUAUUCAAGCACUCUGGGGAGGUGAAUUGCGUCACGUUCUCUGCAGAUGGCAAGCACGUCCUCAGUGGAGGUGUGGAUAAAAAGGUCUCAGAGUGGCCAGCAUCUGAGGAUGCUUUGCCAGAGGAUAGUUCGAAGGAUGGCCUCAUGAAGGAUCAGGCGACGCAAGUCCUCAUUAUGAACUCGACGGUCCGGAAUGCAUGCAUAGCUAGGGACUGGCCUACCGCCGAAAGGGCACUACAUCUGGAUAUUUACACUGACGUCAACGAUCACAACGCCUAUGCAAAUCGCGCAUUUGUUAUGGCGCGAAAAUGCAAGUGGAACAAAGCGCUUCAAGAUGCAAUCAAGUCAGUCAGCAUUCAACCAUCGUUAGCAGGCCAUAUCUCCAAGGGCAUCGCCCUUUGCGGGAAAAAGCAGGUUCUGGCCGCGAGAAUAUCAUUUGAUCUCGCAUCUAUGUUCACAAACCGAGAUUUAAGGACUGAUCACCUGCUGUUCUUGAUCAAGGCCAUCGCGUUAUUCAAUGCAAAUGAACAUCAAGAGGCCAUGCUUCGCAUCCGAGAGCUAGCUGCGUGUCCCAAUGUCGAUCAUAUUGUUUGUCAUAUCGUGGAAGCCCACCUACGCGUCCAAUUGGGAAACAUUGCCUUGGAGGGCGCACGGCACAGCGAAGCUGUCGAACACUUCACUGCCGCUGUCAAUGCUAGUACUUCCUUCUACAAAUCGCCAAUUCAUUUGUUGUACGAUGAAUUUAUCGUGCUCUUUGGCUGGGACCUCAAGUCGUUGUGGCAAACUGCGCACCAGCAACAGUGUUGUGCAUUCUUUCGAGCAGGUAGUUUCGGAACAGCCAUCGAAUCGUAUCAGUCCAUCAUGGAUAAGAUUGAUGAGGAUAUGAAGGCCGAUUUGCGUGCUUGGUUCGCUGUUCGGCAGGAUGCAACAUGCGCCAGCCUCAGGCUCAAGCUCAUGCAGUUUCUCGUCUGUCGAGCAUCAUGCAUCAACCGUUGUCACAAUUCGACGCUCAGCAUCAACAUCAUCACUGAUCAGUCACACGCACGCAUGAUUUCGAGGACACCCACCCCCACAAUACAAAAUCAGCCUUCGAUCGAAGAACUCACUGCACAGCGGGGUGCUAAGGCACUUGAAGAGGACCGAAAAGAUGCUCUGCGUGAGCUUGAGCGCUAUGAGCGUGAACCAAUCACAUUCAAUGCGGGUGAGCAUGUGACUGAUCUCAUUCGAUUCUGGGAGAUGAGCUCGACUUUUCGUUCACAUAAGGAAGGCGCUAAAGUCAAUUUUGACGGAUGGAAAAAGUCUAUUCACUACUUUUCUGUGUUGCUAUGGAUGUCCUGCCAGCUCAGGCAUCCUCUGUGCCAUGCGAACGAGUAUUUUCAUCCAGCAAAGAAACAUGCACACUCCGUCGAAGCAGACUCAGUAAUGGAAGCACUCCAGAUUCUCAAGUUCUCCUACAGACAGGGGAGACUAUUUCACGAGGGAUUUGAUUGCAAAAGAGGAUGACUAUCGAAUUUCGGGGCCUGUGACAUGAGGGGCUGCAGAGGAACUGAUAGUUACGGGGAAGUUCGACGAGCUUGGUGAUCUACUAUUACAAAAUGUUAACGAUGAUAACGUAGAAUAAAACAUAGCCACUUCAUAUCUAAUUCACCUUUAAAGACACUUCUCAUUGAA